CGGGCGGCUCUGAGGGUCACGGCGGGGAUCGACCGGGCCCGCUCCCCGCUCCCGGUGAGGGGCGGCCGAGGCGAGAGCGGCCCGGUCCUCCACGUUCCCAGCAUGCCCCGCUCUCCCGCCCGCCUCUCCGGUCGGGGCACAUGCUCGGUGCGUGGGGCCGGCCCGGUUUCAUCCCGGCCUCGUCAGCAGCGCGGGGCCUCCCGGUACCGCCGGCACCGCCAGCAUGGCCCCUCCGACAGGGAAUGUCGUGGACAGCCAGGCUCCGAGGCUCGUGGCCCGGCAGCUGCGCUGGGACCUGACGGCCGAGCAGAUCGAGGCCAUGGCCACCGAGCUGACCGAGAGCACCAAGCUCGUGUACGACCGCGUGGGAGCCCAGGAGCGCGGAGAGGUCUCCUACGAGAACACCCUGAAGGCUCUGGCCGACGUGGAGGUGGAGUACACAGUCCGUAGGAACAUGCUGGAUUUCCCCCAGCACGUGUCCCCCUGCAAGGCCAUCCGCGCCGCCAGCACCGAGGCCGACAAGAAACUCUCCGAGUUCGACGUGGAGAUGAGCAUGAGGCAGGAUGUGUACCAGAGGAUUGUGUGGCUCCAGGAGAAAGCAGAGAGUGCUUCCCUGAAGCCUGAGGCCAAGAGGUACCUGGAGAGACUGAUCAAGCUGGGGAAGAGGAACGGGCUGCACCUCCCUGAGGAGACACAGGAGAAAAUCAAAGCCAUCAAGAAAAAGCUGAGUGUGCUGUGCAUAGACUUCAACAAGAACCUGAAUGAGGACACCACCUUCCUGCCCUUCUCCAGGGAGGAAUUAGGGGGGCUCCCUGAGGAUUUCCUGAACUCCCUGGAGAAGACAGAGGAUGGGAAGCUGAAGGUCACCCUCAAGUACCCACACUACUUCCCCCUGCUCAAGAAGUGUUAUGUGCCUGAGACCAGGAGGAAGGUGGAGGAGAUGUUCAACUCCAGGUGCAAAGAGGAGAACUGCCUGAUCCUGAAGGAGCUGGUGGACCUGAGGGCUCAGAAGGCCAGUCUGCUGGGCUUCAGCACCCACGCUGACUUUGUGCUGGAGAUGAACAUGGCCAAGAGCAGCCGCACAGUGGCCACGUUCCUGGAUGAGCUGGCCCAGAAGCUGAAGCCCCUGGGGGAGAAGGAGCGAGCUGUGAUCCUGGAUUUGAAGAAGAAGGAGUGCGAGAAGCGCGGGCUGGACUUCGACAACCGCAUCAACGCCUGGGACAUGCGCUACUACAUGAACCAGGUGGAGGAGACCAAGUACAGCGUGGACCAGAACCUGCUCAAGGAGUAUUUCCCCAUGCAGGUGGUCACCACAGGCCUCCUGGCCAUCUACCAGGAGCUACUGGGCCUCACCUUCCACCUGGAGGAGAAGGCUCAGGUGUGGCACGAGGACGUGCAGCUCUACACGGUGAAGGACGCAUCCUCCGGGGACACCAUCGGCAAAUUCUACCUGGACCUGUACCCACGGGAAGGGAAGUACGGGCACGCCGCCUGCUUCGGCCUCCAGCCCGGCUGCCUCCUGCCCGACUCCAGCCGCCAGAUCUCGGUGGCCGCCAUGGUGGCCAACUUCACCAAACCCACGCCCGACGCCCCUUCCCUGCUGCAGCACGACGAGGUGGAGACCUAUUUCCACGAGUUUGGGCACGUCAUGCACCAGCUGUGCUCUCAGGCGGAGUUUGCCAUGUUCAGCGGGACACACGUGGAGAGGGACUUCGUGGAGGCUCCAUCCCAGAUGUUGGAGAACUGGGUGUGGGAGAAGGAGCCUCUGCUUCGCAUGUCCAGGCACUACAAGACAGGGAGCCCCAUCCCAGAUGAGCUGCUGGAGAAACUCAUUAAAUCCCGGCAGGCAAACACAGGGCUCUUCAACCUGCGCCAGAUCGUGCUGGCCAAGGUGGACCAGGCACUGCACACCCAGACCAAGGCUGACCCCGUGGAGGUGUUUGCCCAGCUCUGUGAGGAGGUGCUGGGUGUCCCUGCCACCCCAGGUACAAACAUGCCGGCCACCUUCGGCCACCUGGCGGGUGGCUACGACGCCCAGUACUACGGCUACCUGUGGAGCGAGGUGUACUCCAUGGACAUGUUCCACACCCGCUUCAAGCAGGAGGGCAUCAUGAACUGCAAGGUGGGCAUGGAUUACAGGAACUGCAUCCUGCACCCCGGCGGCUCCGUGGACGCCUCGGACAUGCUGAGGAAAUUCCUGGGCAGGGAGCCCAGGCAGGACGCUUUCCUGGCCAGCAAGGGGCUCAAGGUGGACAGCAACUCGGUGCCUUCGGCCUGAGGGGCUGCUCUGGCUGGGGACACCUGCCCACGCACCUGCCCUCACCUGGCUCCUGUCACCAAACCCCCCCCGGGCCACCCCUGCCUGGAGCUGCCCCUCCGAGCCCCCCCCGGGCUCUGGGGCUCUGUGGGGACACACAGGUGACCUGCCCUUGUCACCCCGGGGCUGUGUGUCACCCACACCCACUGGCUGAACUUUGAACCUGAUUUCUGCACCUGGGUGAGUUUUGGCCUCGUUUGGAGCCAGGGAGGAGGAGGGGGAGAGGAGUUCCCAAACUUGAAUCUUUGGUUUUAAAUCCCUUCUCUUUGAGGAAACCUCGUUGUUGUUGUUGCUGUUGUUGUUGUUGUUGCCACCUUGGCUUGGUUUGUGCCCUGGGGCAGGCACAGCUGUCACCAGGGCAGGGACAGUCCUGCUCCCCCCCAGAGCUCAAAACCCACAGGGAAUUAACUGGAACAUCCUGAGCCCCUCAAGGACCUUCCUGCCUGCCAGGGGACAGAGGUGGGUGCUGCAGCCGUUCCCAGACCUUUGGGGACGUGGCCUCUGUGUGCUCUGCUGUCCCAGGGCCAUCUCAGGGUCACCCCAGGGCAGCCAGGGGGCUCAGCUGAGGGUGUUGCUGUCGCUGUCAGCUCCAGGACAGGGCAGGGUUGUGUUUGUGACUGAAAACACCGAGCUGACAGCUUCAAACAACACAAAUUCCUGGAUAAAAAUAUCCCCUGGGCCCCGUGCCAGGCCUUGAGCUGCGGCUGCGGCGCCACGGGGAGGGCCAGCAGCCAGCCCGGGCUGUGCCACCUGCCCCAGGCUGUCCCCAGAGUGCCCCAGGCUGUCCCCAGAGUGCCCCAGCACCCUGAGUGGCACCUGGUGACACAAGGCUCCUGACCCCCAGGGUUUGCUCCCGGCUUGGGAAAGGUUUGGAGCUGAGGAGCUCCAGGGUUUGUGUGCCAGCCUCGGGUGUGUUGUGUGAGGGCUGUGGGAUCAUCCCGUGCUUUGGGGACACGAGUGACAGCCCCAUCCCAGUCACCCUUCCUGUCCUUUGUCACCAGCGCGGCUCUGGCGCUGGGAGUGGCUCCUCCCCGGUGCAGAGUCGCUGCUGUCACCUCCCUCCCCCAGAGCCCGCUGGUGACACGGGAAUGCCGGUGACAACCCCUAGAGGCUGGUGACACCCCCUUGGAGGGCAGUGACAACCCCUG